AUGUACUUCUCAAAACUAGCCCUCAUCUUUGUGACAGCCGUCGCAUCGGCAUCAGGGUAUGAUGUGCCGCCUCGCCCGAGCAUUGUCCCGUUUCCGAAGGCUCCCGGCCGAGCGUUGCCCGUCAGCCCAGCAAGAGACCCCGCCAAAGUCUGCAUCGUCUGCCCCAAAGCCGGAGGCGAUUCAGCUGCUGCGAUUCUCAAGGCCGCGCACGACUGCAACGAUGGCGGUACCGUCGUCUUCAUGCCCAAUGCGGCGUACACCAUAUCCAGCCGUGUCGACUUGACAUUCUUGAAGCACAUCGACUUUGCAAUCCUUGGAACCAUUGUUUUCAAUGAUGACGUUGAGUACUGGCAAACGAACACGUUUGCGUACCGUUACCAGAAUGUGAACCUCAUGUGGCGGUUUGGCGGUGAAGAUGUCAACAUCUAUGGGCUUGGACAGGGAACUAUCGACGGUCUCGGACAAACAUGGUGGAAUGCUCUUGCUGGCAACUCAACCGUCGUCAGACCUCUGCUCCUUGGCACAGAUGGCCUGAAGGGCGGGUCAAUCACGGGUCUCAAGAUGAUCAACUCUCCCAACUGGUUCAACAUCAUUGCUAACUCUUCCGACAUCUUGAUCUCUGACAUGGACCUGUCGGUUGUCGUAACAAACGUUACAUCUCCCGCAAAGAACACCGACGGUUGGGAUACCUAUCGCAGUGAUAACAUUGUCAUUCAGAACUCUAUAAUCGACAAUACCGAUGACUGUGUAUCGUUCAAACCCAACUCCACCGAGGUCCUUGUGCAGGGUCUGAUUUGUAAUGGGUCGCAUGGCAUCUCCGUUGGCAGCCUCGGUCAGUAUCAAGGGCAAGUCGACAUCAUUGAGGAUAUAUACAUCUACAACAUCUCCAUGUCAAACGCGUCGGAUGGUGCCCGCAUCAAGAUCUGGCCCGGCGUCCCGCCUAAUACCACUGGGUCUGAGGCAGGAGGCGGCCUUGGCCAUGUCAGGAACGUCACUUACGAGAAAUACCACAAUGUCAACAACGAUUACAUCUUGUUCAAAGACUUCACGGGGACCACAUCGAAGAAGAACGAUCCCCGGGUGGGCUCGCUCAUCUGCAGUGAUCCUUCAGCUCACAACGUCAACGUCUCACCUCCAAGCGGCAAGGACCCGAAGUGGACGUGCACCAACAUGGAUAACUCACUUCUGGACAUUGAUUGCAUCUGA